CGUUUAGGUCUACCUUUACUUGUACAUGUUCCAGAAGAACAUGGAGCGAACCCUUUGCAACGGCAUAGAGUGUUACUGUGCCUGUGAAGGGUCUCGAGUGAGAGCCCCGAUCUUUAUGUCUGCAUACACCACAACGAAUAUACGCUCAAGUUAAUUGUAACACAAGGAAGCUCGAAACAUUGCGAUUUCGAGUCCAGGGGUCUGAUGCAUGGCGUCUUAAAGUGCUUAAACGGGCCUAUAUGAUCACUAUAUUUCUUUCACACGUUGAGUCAAGAAACACUGAAACAGUCAAUAGUACAUUUGUAAAUGUUUGCAAUCCACAAGCUAUAUAGUCUCCAUUUCACCUGAUUGAAGUGAGGAAUCUAGUGUCUAAAGACUUUAUAGUGUGAAAGUGAGAGAGGACAGGCAUUAUGGAGCCGGAAACUGUAUUGGGCUACUUUAUGACCGCCUUAUUUGGCUUCGACACCGAUAAACUACAGGCGAAUACCACGAGCAAUAGACCUAAUAGCAAUAAUAAUAGCAAUAACAACAAUAAUACUCAUAGUAGAAGUAGGAAAGAUAGUCUCGCUAAGGAUGAUACAGGAGCUGUUGCAACUCGGUUUGACCUGGGUAAGUACCGUGCGACUGUGUUCAGUUUGGAUGCAAUCACACAGCAACCCACCACCAUAUUGGGGUACUUCUUAGUCGCUAUGUUUGGUUUGCCCGAGAUCGAGGAUAUUGAGAGGGAGCGUGAACGUGACAGUAUAUCAUUUCAGAAGAUGAGGACUCUUCCUAUUGGUAUGACGUCUGGUUUGUCUAAACACAC